UCGAAUCAUUUGACUCGUCUGUAAUCGGAAGAUCAAUGUACCGGGUGUUGAUAACGCGACGCGAUAUUCGGUGUUUUCGAGUGAUGUGGUGAAUUCAUUGUAUAAUGAAUAGUGUUUCUGUAUACUUGUUAGUACAUUGUGAAAAAAUAAAGUAAAAAUUCGUAUGCUUAAAAAGCACAUGCUGAAUUAGCAACUAUCAUCAGACGCACGGCAUAACAGAAGAUCGGUCAUAACGGCUUACAGAAGAUAGAACAACAUAAGGCGGCAAAAAUGACGGAGGAAAAAGUUAAACCACAUCCCGAUCCGGUGGCGCCGCAAUUCGUGGCCAGUGAUUUCAAUUCCACCACAAAGCUAGCAGACAACCAAAUAGACGAUGAUGACUACAAUCCAUUUGAGCAUCGCCAAAUCGACAAACCAAAUAGUACAAGCGGCUCUCUUAUCCACUUACUCAAAAGUUCCUUGGGCACCGGUAUUCUGGCUAUGCCGGUGGCCUUCAAAAACGCUGGUCUCCUUUUCGGUGCCAUCGGUACGGUGAUAAUAGGUCUAAUCUGCACACAUUGCGUUCAUAUUCUGGUCAAAACCUCACAUCAGGUGUGUCAAAGGACGCGGAUACCGGUGCUCGGCUUUGCGGAAACCGCAGAACGUGUCUUCCAGUAUGGACCCGUCAAGCUGCGGCGGAUGGCUAACUUUUCAAAACUCUUCGUGGACUACGGUCUCAUGGCCACGUACUUCAGUGCGGGAUGCGUCUACAUCGUGUUCAUCGGAAGUUCGCUCGAGAAGGUCAUCAACGUGGCCGCCGACCUGGACUGGAGCGUCCGAAUCUACAUCCUGCUGACGAUGAUCCCCAUCCUGUUGAUCGGUCAAAUUCGUACGCUCAAGUACCUAGUCCCGUUCUCGGCGCUGGCCAACCUGUUUAUCGUUGUGACCUUUGGCAUCACGCUGUACUACAUCUUCAAGGACCCACUGGUUUUCGACGAUAAACCAAACUUUGCGUCGUUUGCUACUCUCCCUCUGUUCUUCAGUACUGUCAUCUUCGCUAUGGAAGGCAUCGGCGUCGUCAUGCCCGUUGAGAAUUCCAUGGCUAAGCCGCAACACUUCCUCGGAUGUCCAGGAGUUCUGAACACCGCUAUGGGUACCGUCAUCACUCUGUAUGCUGUCAUCGGUUUCUUCGGAUACGUGCGGUAUGGAGAUAUUUCGGCCGGAAGUAUCACCCUGAACCUUCCAACUGAAGAUAUCUUGGCUAAGAUUGCUCAACUGUUGAUCGCUGCUGCGAUCCUGUUCACCUUUGGCUUGCAAUUCUAUGUCCCGAUGGACAUCCUGUGGAAGAAGAUCCACGACAAAAUCCCGAAAGACAAGCACAACUUCUCGCAGAUCGCCAUCCGGACAGGCAUUAUGAUCCUGAUGGGAGGAAUUGCACUGGCCGUCCCUGACUUAGAACCCUUCAUCGGACUGGUCGGUGCGGUCUUCUUCUCCAGUUUGGGUCUGCUGGUGCCGUGCGUCGUGGAAACUGUUUUCCUGUGGCCGAACGAGCUCGGAACGUUCAAGUGGAUCCUGAUCAAGAACGUCAUCUUCAGCGCGUUUUCGAUUUUCGCUCUGAUUUCCGGUUCGUUCGUCAGUAUCGAGGAAAUCGUCAAACUGUACACCAAUGAUGGUCACACUGAGUAGGAUAGGAUAUAGAGUAGAUUAGGUUAGCUCCGCGUUGUUAGAGCCGUUGUUAUGCCAUCUUACAUUAAGAUACUCCUGACGAAUGCGGUUGUCGCUUCGUAGAGGAUUGAUAUAGCUGUGCGAUUUUAUUUUGAAGAAACGAAACGUAUGAUUUCAUGAAAACGUAAUGCAGGGCCUUACACAGUGAUCUAGAAGUGUUGAAAAUGCAUCAGAAUUUUUGACAGUAUUUUACGCUGUAUAUAUUUAAAACAUCUUUAAUUUUAAACGCCUGUCCUAACUUAUUUAGGAGUAUGUUUGAAAAACAUAAUUCAAUAAAAUGACUAAACGAUUUUAA